AUUUCCAGUCCAUUCAUUGUGUGUUUGUAGAGCCUGCCACCUGGUGGAGGCGCUCCACCGUGUAAAACACGGCUCCCUUCCGUUCUGUUGGAUAUAUGAAAAUAUCUUCUAAAGUUCUUGUGCACGUCUCAAAUUGUGACUGACCUCUGGGCUUCCUUAAAGAUGCCAUCUGUUCUGUUUGUGGAAGAUUAAGAGCUCCGUCUGAUUGUCUUGAUUAGAUUCUGGAUUAUAUCUAAGAACCGACAUAAAGUUCAGGACAGAGAUUACAUUAUUCCUGGUCAGGCUGUCGGAGCGUUUGGUCCAGUUACACGUGCUACAUAGUAAACAGGGGUGUGCAUGCAGCACACAAAGCGGGCCAGCAUCUAAUACAACAUUAUCUUCUGUAACAAAGAGGAUUACACAGGGGAGAGAGGGGUGGGGAGAGUGGAAGCGGACUGGGAGGUGAUUCAAUCAGGCGCACACAACCCUUCACCCCGACAGCGCAAACAUACGCUGAUUUUUGAGGUGGAACUGUGUUUUCGUCGCGCAUCCGCCACCAUGCUGCACCCUUUAAUCAUCGCCAUCGUGACCGUGAACACGUCCCUCACCGUCGUCUACUGGACGUUCCUCCUGAGCGACGUCUACUUCAAGUGGCUGAUGGAGCCCGAGGACAAGCCCAAGAAAGUGGUCACGCCCGCCUGAGGGGGUCCCACGCGCCCGAUGCUGAGUGACUGGCAGUGAUGCGGCGUGGAACUAGUCCAGCUCGUAGUUUGCUUUGCGUGGAGUGUUUUUUGUUUGUUUGUUUGUUUGUUUUUUCUGCUUUUUGUGCUUCAUCUGGAGACGACGUGCAGCUGAGUGGAUGAGAGCGGAACCCGCGCAGAGCUGCCUGCACAUGACACACACUCACCUGGAAGUUCUUUCAUUCUCGAUAAGGAGCCGUUCCUUGAUCACAAGACUGGGUCCUCGGCCCCAAGCCUGCGCCGCGCGAUCCGGAGCGAGGGCGCCACCUGGUGGCAGAGCGGCGAAUGAGCGCCGGCCCACGGCCGAUGGAGGGCGACGGGCUGAGGAUGGAGAAGGAACCCAGCGGGCUGCUGCCCGGGUACCACCCGGGAGGCGGAGGAUGCUGCUGCCCCGCCCCUCCCCCGCCGCCCGUCAGAGAAGAAAGAACAUCCACACCCAGUGUGGCCCUCGCCCGCCCCGCCGUCCCGUACGCCACUUCCCUCUGAGUUCCACCCGCGUCCCCUUUCACACAUUGUGUCCCCUGAUGUCGGUGCAGUGAUCGUUGCUGUCUCUUUGCUGUAGUGAUGCUUGAGCUAAGCUCAUUUUUGCUGUAAAUAAAAGACGUUGCUCAGCACUUUACCCUUCAUUCAUGUCAAUAAGAGUCUAUGAUCUGUUACUGAUUGUUAAGUCAUGCUUUGCAUAUUGUCAUUAAACACUCCCUGUAGUAAUUAACUGCUUGGAAUCAUACUUUGAUUUGAAAAUUUAAUAACAUGAAAGCAACGUUCUCUGAAAAUGCCACAUUCCUCUGAUUUACCCUUCGUGCAGCAUCAUUUUCAGACGCGCGUCAGAUUUCCUGUCAUGGUGUUGGACUAAGCUUCUCCAGUGAAACUCCAGUUGAAUAACACCAGCAUGUUGUUGUGUGGCGUGCGCUUUCAUUAAUCCAUCUUACCGACGCCGACCUUCUCUGGAAAGGUCAAGGUUUAUGCGCAUCGGCCGCGAUGAGCACUGUUUGAUAAGCAUAUUAGCCGGACAGAGCGACAGGCGGAGACGCAGGUACAGAUACGACGUUUGCGGAGUCGUCCCGCUGACCUUGAACACCUCGAGCCGCUGCGGCUAAUCUACUUUGCGCCGCUCCACAUGACAGGGAGGCAGCUUUCAUCAGGGCGGGAUGACGCCGAUUGAACAGCAGUACCUCGCUGUAAUAGGAGGGUGUUGUGGGCCGCGCCGCAGGGAUGGAUGCGCCUGUGGAGAACGUGAACGUCCGGCACAAAGAGGAGGACGGGACCGUGUUCUUCGAGUCUUACGUCCCGCCCUCUCGGGACGCCGUCCACCUGCCGACCUACGUCCUCUACCUGCUCAUUGCGGUCUUCAUCGUGCUGUCUGUUCUCUAUGCCAUCAUCGGUCACCUCAUCAAAGACCUCAUCCACGACUGCGCAGACUGGUUGUUGGGGGAGCAGCCGGAGGAAGUGGUGGUGAACUACUGCGAGGCCAAGGAUAAGUUCAUGGCAGACUGGUGCCCGGAAACCUCCCCUGAGCUGGAGGCCAUCGCCCGAGCUGAGGAGGACAAGGUAGUGGACAGGGACUUCAUGAAAGCCCCCGCCAUCUGGAUCCUGUCCACGGAACCACGAGGCACGAGGUCAGGACCCCGAGUGAUGUUUGGGAAAAGAACUUAAAAUAAACAGACUGAAGGUGUGGUUGCUUCUGGUGCGUGGUAAUGUGUGAUGUAAAUGUCUGGAACAAAGCGUUAAGGCUGUAGGAAUGGAGCAGAGGCUCAAAGCUCGAGUGGUCCAAUAGAGACAUCUAGUGUCUGUCAACGUUACUGCAGCUGAUUUACAGCAACAUGAAUCUUAUUGUCUCUAGACCCGUACUGAUAAAACGAAAUAAAAAAAUGACACAACUAAAGAUAAAAACACUAGUAUAGUUUAAAAUAUAUUUUAACAUGUUUAAAUCAAGUUAAAACUGAACGUAAAUAGGAAAAGAAAACUGUACCAUAAAUUAUAUAAACAUCUACAGAUGAAGAUGAAGAAGUGAAGCAUUUUAAACUUCCUAUCCAUUGCCAAUGUUCAAUAAAAAAACAAAACAUUGAAGUAUUUGAGUGUUUGUACUUGGCUGAGCAAACGUAGCGCGUCGAGAUUUUCGUGUGAAAACAGUGAUAUGCUGCACAGCAGCCAGGUGACCAAGAGGGGGCGCUGUGGUGCACUCUUUCCCUAAACUACUUCCUACAGUCACAGGAACCUUGGAUGAAAGAAACGUGGAGCUUUUAACGAAGUAACUUCUUAUAAACGAUCAAUGGAUAUUUCUGCUAUUUUACGACAGUGGUUUCGGAUCGGUUGGGGUUUCUCACACUCAAUAAUAUAAUAAUAUACUCAACCCAAAGUGUUUCUAUAUAUCUGUGACUAAAUUGAACUCACACAGAGGUUCACUCCGUGACACCAGGAAAACAAUGACAUAAUCUUAUUUACUUGCUCUUCGAGAGCACGACCCCUGAGGUAAUGGCUUUAUCUUCAAACUGAUAAAAUUAUCAGUUAGUCUCAGAUUUCACACAAAUAAGAGGUUUACAGCACGUAACAUUUUACCUAAAAAUAAUGACAAUGUCUGGAAGAAGAAUUAUAAUGUAUUU